GGUGCCCGGCAUGAAGGAGAUCCUGCUGAUGGGCUUCUAUCAGCCCCACGAAGCCCUCAGCCGCUUCCUGGUGUCGGCGCAGCAGGAGUUCAAGAUCCCCAUCAGGUAUCUCCAGGAGUACGCAGCGCUGGGCACGGGUGGUGGCAUCUAUCACUUCCGAGACCAGAUCCUGUCAGGUGGUGCUGAGGCCUUCUUUGUCCUCAACGCGGACGUGUGCUCAGAGUUCCCCUUGCAGGAGAUGCUGGAGUUCCGGCAGCAGCACGGGGACGCGCACAGCUUUGUCAUUCUGGGUACCACAGCCAACAGGACGCAGGCGCUGAAUUAUGGCUGUAUCGUGGCAAACACGGACACGCAGGAGGUCCAGCACUACGUGGAGAAGCCCAGCACGUUUGUCAGUGAGAUCAUUAACUGUGGUGUCUACCUGUUCACACCUGCCAUAUUCCAACACAUUGGUGAGGUCUUCCAGAGGAACCAGCAGGAGCUAGUGCUCUGUCCUUACCUUGGAGAGGAGAGCUCCAACGGCUGGCAGCGUGCUGAAGUGAUCCGGCUAGAGCAGGACGUUUUCACGGCGCUGGCUGGGAGUGGCAAACUCUAUGUCUACAAAACUGAUGGCUUCUGGAGCCAGAUCAAAUCAGCAGGCUCUGCCAUCUAUGCCAGUCGCCUUUACCUGAACCAGUACAGCAAAAGCCACCCAGAGAGGCUGGCCCAGAACAAGGCUGGAGGCCCUGUCAUCCGAGGGAAUGUGUACAUCCACCCAACGGCCUCCAUCGAAAGCACUGCAGUGCUGGGCCCCAACGUCUCCAUUGGGGAGGGGGUGACGGUGGGAGCUGGUGUGCGAGUGCGAGAGUCCAUUGUCCUGCAUGGCGCCUCACUCCACGACCAUACCUGUGUCCUCAAUACUAUCGUGGGCUGGGACAGCACCAUCGGGCGCUGGGCCCGGGUUGAAGGAACACCCAGUGACCCCAACCCCAACGAUCCCUAUGCCAAGAUUGACAGUGAGACUCUCUUCCGGGACGGGCGCCUCACGCCAUCCAUUACAAUCCUGGGCUGCAGUGUCACCAUCCCUGCUGAGGUCGUUAUCCUCAACUCCAUCGUCCUUCCUCACAAAGAGCUGAGCCGCAGCUACAAGAACCAGAUUAUCCUGUGAGUCAGCUGCUUGCUGCGUUGGGAGGGGGCCAGUGCCAGCCCCCCACUCCCUGCUGUGCUCCACCACAAGGGCCUGGGGGCUGGGGCUUCACCUCCUGGGAGGUUCCCAGCACCCCCAGAGAGGUAGGUGCAGGCCAGGAGCCCUGCAAGUGCCUGACUCCUCCUCCAGACAGACAUUAAAGCUGGUGAGCAUCAGCCUCGUGUGCUGCUUCUCUUGCAGCCCAGGGACCAGCCCUGGGGCAGGGUGAAGGCUUCAGGGACAGUAUGUGGCCCUGGCACCAGGCUGCAUGCCUAUGCAGAGGCUGUUGAGGAAGCACUUGCUGCCUGCAGCAUCUCAGGUGCUGAGCUUUGGGUGUUUCUCCACCAAAGGGCACUACCAGCACAGUCUUGCCACCCCUCACCAGGCUCUCCCUGCUCUGCAGAAGCUGCUGUCUGCAACUCCCUGGAAGGUUUUGGCCCAUCUCACAGGCUGGGGAGCUUUGAAUGUGCCCAUCUUGGAUAGGGAAAACGCCCUGCAGGAGCCAGUUGUGAGGAUCUCAAUUUCAGCAGUGUGAUUGGAACAGCCUGAGCUGGGCUCCUGCCUGCUGCUGGGAAAACAGAGCAGCACCAGGCUGUCCUAAGGGCAUUGGCGCACAAGGGCUGGGUUGGACAGGCAGGCUGCUGGUGCUGGAAGGAGCUGUAAAAGCACCCUGUCCCCCAGCACCACCUCCACCCCCAAGGGCUCUCUAUGAGCCAGGAGAGCUCCUGUCAGGCUGAGACCUGUGCAGGCUGCCUAGGUAGGGCUGAAGGUGAUGGCAGCAGGCUGCACCAGCAUGAGUGUAGCUUGGGGGGGUUCACUGCAUGUCUCCCCUUGCACCAGCCACAUCCACAGGGCACGUUUGUGCAGGUGGCAGAGAUCUACCGCCUUGCUCUGUCUCAAAACCCCCUGUUUUUAUUGAAAGCAGCUUCCUGCUGAUCCUGGCAGCUUUUGUCUACAGUAACCAACACUGCCCUUUAUCCACUUACCUCCCUGUCUUCGCCUCUGGUUUUGGAGCUCUGUGCUAAAGCCCUCACUCCACUGAGGGCCCCAUCACGCCUCUCACCUUAAGCAAGGCACCGCAUUAGGGAUUCUCCAUCUAUCCAGUACCACCCUAGCUCGAUGGAUUUGCAGUAAAUCCUUGCUCCCAGCCCUGUGCCUUCCUGUACCAGUUCUCCUGUGGUCCUGGGCGAGGAUUAGCUGUUCCCUGGCUUUAAGCACAUUAAACUCCUUCAGUUUUGC